UACUGUUUCUCUUCGCUAUUUCCUCUCUACCUGCAGGAUUUUGCCACCAUGCAGUUCUGCGCCAACAAACUGGACAAGAAGGACUUCUUUGGAAAGUCUGACCCAUUCAUGGUCUUCUACAGGAGCAAUGAGGACGGCACGUUCACCAUUUGCCACAAGACUGAAGUAGUGAAGAGCACAUUGAACCCUGUGUGGCAGUCCUUCUCCAUCCCUGUGAGAGCGCUCUGCAAUGGAGACUAUGAUAGGACAAUCAAAGUGGAAGUGUAUGACUGGGACAGAGACGGAAGCCAUGACUUCAUUGGGGAGUUCACCACCAGUUACAAAGAACUAUGCCGCGGUAUGUGCCAGUUAAACAUCUAUGAGGUGGUGAAUGCUAAGAAGAAAAUAAAGAAAAAGAGAUACAUCAACUCUGGGAUGGUGUCGUUGUUGUCAUUUAAUGUGGAGUCAGAACACACGUUCCUGGAUUACAUCAAAGGAGGGACUCAGAUUCACUUCACAGUGGCCAUUGAUUUCACUGCAUCAAAUGGAAAUCCAUCUCAGUCCACUUCACUGCACUACAUGAAUCCAUACCAGAUGAAUGCCUACGCUAUGGCCCUGAAGGCUGUGGGAGAGAUUAUCCAGGACUAUGACAGUGAUAAGAUGUUCCCUGCACUGGGUUUUGGUGCUAAGCUGCCCCCCGAUGGAAGGGUGUCUCAUGAGUUUCCUCUGAAUGGCAAUGUUGAUAAUCCGUACUGCAAUGGAAUGGAGGGGAUUCUCGAAGCUUAUCAUCAAAGCCUUAAGACUGUUCAGCUGUAUGGACCCACUAACUUCGCUCCUGUGGUAAACCAUGUGGCAAGGUAUGCAGAAGCAGUGGAGGACGGCUCUCAGUACUUUGUGCUGCUCAUCAUUACUGAUGGUGUCAUAUCUGACAUGGCUCAGACAAAAGAGGCCAUAGUACACGCAGCAACACUCCCCAUGUCUAUCAUCAUUGUUGGAGUUGGCCAAGCUGAGUUUGAUGCCAUGGUGGAGCUGGAUGGAGAUGACGUCAGAAUCUCCUCCCGGGGGAAGCUGGCAGAGAGAGACAUUGUACAGUUUGUCCCAUUCAGAGACUACAUGGACCGCACGGGUAACCACGUGCUGAGCAUGGCCCGACUGGCUAAAGACGUGUUGGCCGAGAUCCCCGAGCAGGUUAUCUCCUACAUGAAGAGUCGAGCCAUUAAACCCAACUCGGUCCCACCAGUGUAUUCAUCCAGUGACUACUCUCAGACCAACCCUGUCUGAGCCCCACAUGCACCUUAGUACCACGGCGGGUUGGCGGGAAUGCUGGGAAUCUGGGGUGGCUCCUGCCUUCACACGCCAUCUUUUGAAAGGAAAAUGGGAAUGCUUUGACACUCUUUUGGUAAAUAUUAAUCGACGACAGUAAAGAAUCAGACAAUGAGAAGGUUUUGGUUUGGGAGCGAGCCAGCUUUAGAGGAGCACGCUGUUAAUCAGAACAUCAAGAGAGGUCCAGUGCGGAAGGAAGUCGUAGUUGUUCGCUGUCAAACCUGUCCAAAUGGUGAUGUAAUGGAUAGCAAGUAAACCUGUAGAGAGCACCUGUCUGAAGGCAUACAUUUGUUAGAAUGUGCCAGUAUGUAUCAUGUUUGUGAUACCUUUUCAAAUUGAUGUGUGUG